UAUGAUGUCGGAUUUGCCAGACCUAUUGCGAAGAUCCUGCGAUGCCGGACACCGUUGCCACCUCUGGUUGAACCCGAAUGCGCACUCAAACCCACCUCCGGUCUUCAGGGUACGAACCAUUAAGAACAGGUUUCUUGUUAACAGUGUUUUUGAGGAACAUCUCACGGCCCAUGGACUUCUACCAUUUUCUAAGCUGACAUCGAGCAAGGAGAAGUUCACGUUAGACCCAUCUCUUCUAUCGGCCCUUGUUGAUCGUUGGAGACCUGAAACCCACACCUUCCACUUAAGUUGUGGGGAGCUGACUCCUACGCUAAAAGAUGUUUCCAUGAUCACAGCCCUGCCAAUCAAGGGUACUCCUUUGGUCCCUGCCGCUUAUUCUAGUAUUUGGCCGACUGUGGUACAGGACCGUCUUGCCGUACCAGUUCCCUCUACCUCGCAUACAUCUAAUCCACGACGCGACUCAUCUCUACUUGAACGAUCACAGUCCGCACACAUAUCUCAACGCCAUGGUGCCACACAGGAGGACGAUCAUUUUCCGUCAUAUCCAUCUGGACAACGAUUCUCCUACACAGAAGGCGAAUACUCGCAAAGAUUCAACACUCAGGAAUCUGUUGACCCUACGUGGUCCAACAUGGGAGCUGGUUUAGGCCACAAUAUGCCUCCACUGCGUGGUCGUGACCACAUGCAAUCGCAAUACCCAACACAGGAAUCUUUAAUCCCGACAUGGCCCGAUAUGACGCAGCAACCACAAUACUACGGCAGCACUUCCCAACAACCUCGCAAUGAUGUUACCGGGAUAGUUGAAGAAUUCUUUGGAGGUGCUAUUUUCGGCACAGAUGCCAGUUUGAUUCCCCCAAAUCUGGAAUCUCCAUACAUAUUUCAGACUCCAUCGCCAGCAGAUGAGACACGUACAGAGGAUGAGGAAAAUCAGUAUGGCCGAGGUUUGCGUCCACCUCAUCCCCCUCGUCCCCGGUUGUCGCCUUCCGGUCCAAGGCCACGGCAGCAUCGUCGUCGUCGUCGUCAGGAAUGAUACAAAUCGACCUUACUUCUAUGUAUCAUAUAUUUAUCUAUGUAUGAGACAUUUUUCUAUGUA